AUGAGCGGCAGCAGCAGCAGCGGCGGCGCCGCCGCCCCCGCCGCGUCCUCGGCGGGCCCUGCCGCCCCGGCCAGCGCGGCGGGCGCGGGCUGCGGGGGCGGCGCUGGCGACGGGGCCGAGGAGGCGGCCAAGGACCUGGCCGACAUCGCCGCCUUCUUCCGAUCGGGGUUUCGGAAAAACGAUGAGAUGAAAGCGAUGGACGUUUUGCCCAUUUUGAAAGAGAAGGUCGCUUACCUCUCAGGCGGCAGAGACAAGCGCGGCGGCCCCAUCCUCACCUUCCCGGCUCGCAGCAACCACGACAGAAUACGGCAGGAGGACCUCCGGAGGCUCAUCUCCUACCUGGCCUGCAUCCCCAGUGAAGAAGUGUGCAAGCGCGGCUUCACGGUCAUCGUGGACAUGCGCGGCUCCAAGUGGGACUCCAUCAAGCCGCUGCUGAAGAUCCUGCAGGAGUCCUUCCCCUGCUGCAUCCACGUGGCGCUCAUCAUCAAGCCCGACAACUUCUGGCAGAAGCAGAGGACCAACUUCGGCAGCUCCAAGUUUGAGUUUGAGACGAACAUGGUCUCCCUGGAGGGCCUGACCAAGGUGGUGGACCCGUCGCAGCUGACGCCCGAGUUCGACGGCUGCCUGGAGUACAACCACGAGGAGUGGAUCGAGAUCCGCGUGGCCUUCGAGGACUACGUGAGCAACGCGGCACACAUGCUGUCGAGGCUGGAGGAGCUGCAGGAGCUGCUGGCCAAGAAGGAGCUGCCGCCCGACCUGGACGGGGCGCGGGGCAUGAUCGAGGAGCACGCGCAGCUCAAGAAGAAGGUCAUCAAGGCGCCCAUCGAGGACCUGGACCUGGAGGGCCAGAAGCUGCUGCAGCGGAUCCAGAGCAGCGACAGCUUCCCCAGGAAGAGCUCGGGCUCGGGCAACGCCGACCUGCAGAGCCUGCUGCCCCGCGUGUCCGCCAUGCUGGACCGCCUGCACUCCACGCGCCAGCACCUGCACCAGAUGUGGCACCUGCGCAAGCUCAAGCUGGACCAGUGCUUCCAGCUGCGGCUCUUCGAGCAGGACGCCGAGAAGAUGUUCGACUGGAUCACGCACAACAAGGGCCUGUUUCUGAACAGCUACACGGAGAUUGGGACCAGCCACCCCCAUGCCAUGGACCUCCAGACUCAACACAACCACUUCGCCAUGAACUGCAUGAACGUGUACGUGAACAUCAACCGCAUCAUGUCGGUGGCCGGGCGGCUGGUGGAGUCGGGCCACUACGCCGCGCAGCAGAUCAAGCAGAUCGCGGGGCAGCUGGAGCAGGAGUGGAAGGCCUUCGCCGCCGCCCUGGACGAGCGCAGCACCCUGCUGGACAUGUCGUCCGUCUUCCACCAGAAGGCCGAGAAGUACAUGAGCAACGUGGACCCGUGGUGCAAGGCCUGCGGGGAGGUGGACCUGCCCUCGGAGCUGCAGGACCUGGAGGACGCCAUCCACCACCACCAGGGCAUCUACGAGCACAUCACCGUGGCCUACGCAGAGGUGAGCCAGGACGGGAAGUCACUCCUGGACAAGCUGCAGCGGCCGCUCACUCCCGGCAGCUCCGACUCCCUUACCGCCUCGGCCAACUACUCCAAGGCCGUGCGCCACGUCCUCGACGCCAUCCACGAGGUGCUGCACCACCAGCGGCAGCUGGAGAACAUCUGGCAGCACCGCAAGGUCCGGCUCCACCAGCGGCUGCAGCUGUGCGUCUUCCAGCAGGAUGUCCAGCAGGUGCUGGACUGGAUCGAGAACCACGGCGAGGCCUUUCUGAGCAAGCACACGGGCGUGGGCAAGUCGCUGCACCGUGCCCGCGCCCUGCAGAAGCGCCACGAGGACUUUGAGGAAGUGGCACAGAACACCUACACCAAUGCCGACAAGCUGCUGGAGGCGGCCGAGCAGCUGGCGCAGACGGGCGAGUGCGACCCCGAGGAGAUCUACCAGGCGGCCCACCAGCUCGAGGACCGCAUCCAGGACUUCGUGCGGCGCGUGGAGCAGCGCAAGGUGCUGCUGGACAUGUCGGUGUCCUUCCACACGCACGUCAAGGAGCUGUGGACGUGGCUGGAGGAGCUGCAGAAGGAGCUGCUGGAUGACGUGUACGCGGAGUCAGUGGAGGCUGUGCAGGACCUCAUCAAGCGCUUCGGGCAGCAGCAGCAGACGACCCUGCAGGUGACGGUCAACGUCAUCAAGGAGGGCGAGGACCUGAUCCAGCAGCUGAGGGACUCGGCCAUCUCCAGCAACAAGACGCCGCACAACAGCUCCAUCAGCCACAUCGAGACGGUGCUGCAGCAGCUGGACGAGGCGCAGGCGCAGAUGGAGGAGCUCUUCCAGGAGCGCAAGGUCAAGCUGGAGCUCUUCCUGCAGCUGCGCAUCUUCGAGCGCGACGCCAUCGACAUCAUCUCGGACCUGGAGUCGUGGAACGACGAGCUGUCGCAGCAGAUGAGCGACUUCGACACGGAGGACCUCACGCUGGCCGAGCAGCGGCUGCAGCACCACGCCGACAAGGCGCUCACCAUGAACAACCUCACCUUCGACGUCAUCCACCAGGGCCAGGACCUGCUGCAGUACGUGACCGAGGUGCAGGCCUCCGGCGUGGAGCUGCUGUGCGACCGUGACGUGGACAUGGCCACGCGCGUCCAGGACCUGCUGGAGUUCCUGCACGAGAAGCAGCAGGAGCUGGACGUGGCGGCCGAGCAGCACCGCAAGCACCUGGAGCAGUGCGUGCAGCUGCGACACUUGCAGGCCGAGGUCAAGCAGGUGCUGGGCUGGAUCCGCAACGGCGAGUCGAUGCUGAACGCGGGGCUGAUCACGGCCAGCUCGCUGCAGGAGGCUGAGCAGCUGCAGCGCGAGCACGAGCAGUUCCAGCACGCCAUCGAGAAGACGCACCAGAGCGCCCUGCAGGUGCAGCAGAAGGCGGAGGCCAUGCUGCAGGCCGGCCACUACGACAUGGACACCAUCCGCGACUGCGCCGAGAAGGUGGCCUCGCACUGGCAGCAGCUCAUGCUGAAGAUGGAGGACCGCCUCAAGCUGGUCAACGCCUCCGUGGCCUUCUACAAGACCUCCGAGCAGGUGUGCAGCGUGCUGGAGAGCCUGGAGCAGGAGUACAAGCGGGAGGAGGACUGGUGUGGGGGCGCCGACAAGCUGGGCCCCAAUUCCGAGACGGACCACGUCACCCCCAUGAUCAGCAAGCACCUGGAGCAGAAGGAGGCGUUCCUGAAGGCCUGCACGCUGGCCAGGAGGAACGCGGACGUGUUCCUCAAGUACCUGCACAGGAACAGCGUGAACAUGCCGGGCAUGGUGACGCACGCCAAGGUCCCCGAGCAGCAGGUGAAAAAUAUCUUGAACGAGCUCUUCCAGCGGGAGAACAGGGUCUUGCACUACUGGACCAUGCGGAAGCGGCGGCUGGACCAGUGUCAGCAGUACGUGGUCUUCGAGCGCAGCGCCAAGCAGGCGCUGGAGUGGAUCCACGACAACGGGGACUUCUACCUGUCCACCCACACGUCCACCGGCUCCAGCCUCCAGCACACGCAGGAGCUGCUCAAGGAGCACGAGGAGUUCCAGAUCACGGCCAAGCAAACCAAAGAGAGGGUGAAGCUGUUAAUCCAGCUGGCGGACGGCUUUUGUGAAAAGGGGCAUGCCCACGCCACGGAGAUCAAGAAAUGCGUGACGGCCGUGGAUAAGCGGUACCGCGACUUCUCCCUGCGGAUGGAGAAGUACCGGACCUCGCUGGAGAAAGCGCUGGGCAUCUCCUCGGAUUCCAACAAAUCGAGCAAGAGUCUACAGCUGGACAUAAUCCCCGCCAGCAUCCCGGGCUCCGAGGUCAAGCUUCGGGACGCCGCGCAUGAGCUGAACGAGGAGAAGCGGAAGUCGGCCCGCAGGAAAGAGUUCAUCAUGGCCGAGCUGAUCCAGACGGAGAAGGCCUACGUCAGGGACCUGCGGGAGUGCAUGGACACGUACCUGUGGGAGAUGACGAGCGGCGUGGAGGAGAUCCCCCCCGGCAUCGUCAACAAGGAGCUGGUCAUCUUCGGGAACAUGCAGGAGAUCUACGAGUUCCACCACAACAUUUUCCUCAAGGAGCUGGAGAAGUACGAGCAGCUGCCAGAGGACGUCGGGCACUGCUUCGUCACUUGGGCAGACAAGUUUCAGAUGUACGUCACGUACUGCAAGAACAAGCCCGACUCCACCCAGCUCAUCCUGGAGCACGCGGGCUCCUACUUUGACGAGAUCCAGCAGCGACACGGGCUGGCCAACUCCAUCUCCUCGUACCUUAUCAAGCCCGUCCAGCGGAUAACCAAGUACCAGCUGCUCCUAAAGGAGCUGCUCACGUGCUGCGAGGAGGGCAAGGGCGAGAUCAAGGACGGGCUGGAGGUGAUGCUCAGCGUGCCCAAGCGCGCCAACGACGCCAUGCACCUCAGCAUGCUGGAAGGGUUUGACGAGAAUAUCGAGUCUCAGGGAGAACUCAUCCUUCAGGAGUCCUUCCAGGUGUGGGACCCCAAGACCUUGAUCCGGAAGGGUCGGGAGCGGCACCUCUUCCUUUUCGAGAUGUCCUUGGUGUUCAGCAAGGAAGUGAAAGAUUCCAGUGGGAGAAGCAAGUACCUUUAUAAGAGCAAACUGUUUACCUCAGAGCUGGGCGUCACGGAACACGUGGAGGGCGAUCCCUGCAAGUUCGCACUGUGGGUGGGGCGGACGCCCACCUCCGACAACAAGAUCGUCCUCAAGGCCUCGAGCAUCGAGAACAAGCAGGACUGGAUCAAGCACAUCCGCGAGGUGAUCCAGGAGCGGACGGUGCACCUGCAGGGCGCCCUCAAGGAGCCCAUCCACCUCCCCAAGACGGCGCCCGCCCCGCGCCAGAAGGGACGCAGGGACGGCGAGGACCUGGACAGCCAGGGCGACGGCAGCAGCCAGCCCGACACCAUCUCCAUCGCGUCCCGGACGUCGCAGAACACGCUGGACAGCGACAAGCUCUCGGGCGGCUGCGAGCUGACGGUGGUGAUCCACGACUUCACGGCCUGCAACAGCACCGAGCUGACCAUCCGGCGCGGCCAGACGGUGGAGGUGCUGGAGCGGCCCCACGACAAGCCCGACUGGUGCCUGGUGCGCACCACGGACCGCUCGCCCGCCGCCGAGGGCCUGGUGCCCUGCGGGUCCCUGUGCAUCGCCCACUCGCGGAGCAGCAUGGAGAUGGAGGGCAUCUUCAACCACAAAGACUCGCUGUCCGUGUCCAGCAACGACGCCAGCCCGCCCGCCUCGGUGGCGGCGCUGCAGCCGCACGUGCUGGGCGCGCAGAGCUCGCCGGGCCCCAAGCGGCCGGGGAACACGCUGCGCAAGUGGCUCACCAGCCCCGUGCGCCGGCUCAGCAGCGGCAAGGCCGACGGGCACGUCAAGAAGCUGGCGCACAAGCACAAGAAGAGCCGCGAGGUGCGCAAGAGCGCCGACGCCGGCUCGCAGAAGGACUCGGACGACAGCGCCGCCACCCCGCAGGACGAGACCCUGGAGGAGAGAGGCCGGAACGAGGGCCUGAGCAGCGGGACCCUGUCCAAGUCGUCGUCCUCGGGCAUGCAGAGCUGCGGGGAGGAGGAGGGCGAGGAGGGCGCGGACGCCGUGCCCCUGCCCCCGCCCAUGGCCAUCCAGCAGCACAGCCUGCUCCAGCCCGACGCGCAGGACGACAAGGCCUCCUCUCGACUCCUGGUCCGCCCCACCAGCUCCGAGACGCCCAGCGCCGCCGAGCUCGUCAGCGCCAUCGAGGAGCUGGUCAAGAGCAAGAUGGCGCUGGAAGAUCGGCCCAGCUCCCUCCUGGUGGACCCAGGGGACAGCAGCAGCCCGUCCUUCAACCCUUCCGACAACUCACUCCUGUCCUCGUCCUCGCCCAUCGACGAGAUGGAAGAGAGGAAGUGCAGCUCCCUGAAGAGACGGCGCUACGUGUUGCAAGAAUUAGUAGAGACGGAGCGCGACUACGUGCGGGAUCUCGGCUGUGUGGUUGAGGGCUACAUGGCGCUGAUGAAGGAGGACGGCGUCCCCGACGACAUGAAGGGCAAGGACAAGAUCGUGUUCGGCAACAUCCACCAGAUCUACGACUGGCACCGAGACUUUUUUUUAGGAGAGUUGGAGAAGUGCCUUGAAGAUCCGGAAAAACUAGGAUCCCUUUUUGUUAAACAUGAGAGAAGGUUGCACAUGUACAUAGUGUAUUGUCAGAACAAACCAAAGUCUGAGCACAUUGUCUCAGAGUACAUCGAUACCUUUUUUGAGGACCUGAAGCAGCGGCUGGGGCACCGGCUGCAGCUCACAGAUCUGCUCAUCAAGCCAGUGCAGAGAAUCAUGAAGUACCAGCUGCUCCUCAAGGACUUCCUCAAGUACUCCAAGAAGGCCAGCCUGGACACGUCGGAAUUGGAGCGCGCCGUGGAGGUCAUGUGUAUCGUCCCCAAGCGGUGCAACGACAUGAUGAACGUGGGCCGGCUGCAGGGGUUCGACGGUAAAAUCGUGGCCCAGGGCAAGCUGCUCCUGCAGGACACGUUCCUGGUCACCGACCAGGACGCGGGCCUCCUGCCGCGCUGCCGGGAGCGGCGGGUCUUCCUCUUUGAGCAGAUCGUCAUCUUCAGCGAGCCGCUGGACAAGAAGAAGGGCUUCUCCAUGCCUGGCUUCCUGUUCAAGAACAGCAUCAAGGUGAGCUGCCUGUGUCUGGAGGAGAACGUGGACAACGACCCCUGCAAGUUUGCGCUGACGUCGCGAACGGGCGAGGCGCUGGAGACCUUCAUCCUGCACGCGUCCAGCCCCGGCGCCCGGCAGGCCUGGAUUCACGAGAUCAACCAGAUUUUGGAAAACCAGCGCAAUUUUUUAAACGCCUUGACGUCGCCCAUCGAGUACCAGAGGAACCACAGCGGGGGCGGCGGGGCCGCGGGCCCGGGCGGCGGCGGCGGCAACCACGGCGCGGGCCCCGCGGGCACCGGCCGGAGCAGGCCCUCCCGGAUCCCCCAGCCCGUCCGACACCACUCCCCCGUGCUGGUCUCCUCCGCGCCCCCCGGCCAGGCGGAGGCCGACAAGAUGUCAGGUACGUCCACCCCCGGCCCGGCCCCGCCGGCCGGCGAAGGUCCCCCGCGAGAGGCCGAGCCAACCCCCAGGACGAAGGCGCCGGAGAGCCCCCGCCAGGGCGCCGACCCCAGCGGCGGCUGCCGGGACGCGCGCGCGCCCCCCGACGACGGCCGCGCCCCGCCUGCGCGCCCCAGCCCGGGCGCCCUCCCACUCGGCAAGGCCCGGCCCGGCGCCGCGUCGCCGCUGCACUCGCCGCUCACCUCCGCCGCCGCCGCCAGGGAGCCCCCCGGCAGCCCCCUGCAGAAGGGGGGCUCCUUCUGGAGCUCCGUGCCCGCCUCGCCCGCCAGCCGGCCGGGCUCCUUCACCUUCCCGGGGGACAGUGACUCCCUGCAGCGGCCAGCGCCCCGCCACGCGGCCCCCGCCAAGGACACGGACCGCAUGAGCACGUGCUCCUCGGCCAGCGAGCAGUCCGUGCAGUCCACCCAGAGCAAUGGGAGUGAAAGCAGCAGCAGUAGCAACAUCUCCGCCAUGUUGGUGACGCACGAUUACACGGCAGUGAAGGAGGAUGAGAUAAACGUCUGCCAAGGAGAGGUCGUUCAGGUUCUGGCCAGCAACCAGCAAAACAUGUUCCUGGUGUUCCGCGCCGCCACUGACCAGUGCCCCGCCGCCGAGGGCUGGAUCCCGGGCCUGGUCCUGGGACACACCAGCGCGCUCAUCACGGAGAACCCCGACGGGACUCUCAAGAAGUCCACUUCUUGGCACACAGCACUCCGUUUAAGGAAAAAAUCUGAGAAAAAAGAAAAAGACGGCAAACGGGAAGGCAAGUUGGAGAACGGAUAUCGGAAGUCCCGGGAAGGGGCCAGCAGCAAGGUAUCGGUGAAGCUUCUCAACCCCAGCUACAUUUAUGACGUACCCCCAGAUUUCGUCGUUCCCUUGAGCGAGGUCACGUGUGAGAUGGGAGAGACCGCUGUUCUCCGCUGUCGUGUCUGUGGCCGCCCCACGGCCUCCAUCACCUGGAAAGGCCCCGAGCACAACACCCUGAGCAGCGACGGCCACUACAGCAUCUCCUACAGUGACUUGGGCGAGGCCUCUCUGAAGAUCGUGGGCGUGACCACGGACGACGACGGCAUCUACACGUGCAUCGCGGUGAACGACAUGGGUUCCGCCUCGUCUUCGGCCAGUCUGAGGGUGCUAGGUCCAGGGCGUGAUGGCAUCGUGGUGACCUGGAAGGACAACUUUGACGCCUUGUACAGCGAGGUGGCCGAGCUUGGCAGGGGCCGGUUCUCUGUUGUCAAGAAAUGCGAUCAGAAGGGAACCAAGCGCGCAGUGGCCACCAAGUUCGUGAACAAGAAGUUGAUGAAGCGCGACCAGGUCACCCACGAGCUGGGGAUCCUGCAGAACCUCCAGCAUCCGCUGCUGGUGGGCCUCUUGGAUACCUUCGAGACCCCCACCAGUUACGUCCUGGUGCUGGAAAUGGCCGACCAGGGCCGUCUCCUGGACUGUGUGGUGCGCUGGGGAGACCUCACGGAGGGGAAGAUCAGGGCGUACCUGGGGGAGGUGCUGGAAGCCGUCCGAUACCUUCACAACUGCAGGAUCGCACACCUGGACCUAAAGCCCGAGAACAUCCUGGUGGACCAGAGUGCGGCCAAGCCCACCGUGAAGCUGGCCGACUUCGGCGAUGCCGUGCAGCUGACCACCACCUACCACAUCCACCAGCUGCUAGGGAACCCCGAGUUCGCCGCCCCCGAGAUCAUCCUGGGCAACCCGGUCUCCCUGACGUCGGACACGUGGAGCGUGGGGGUGCUCACCUACGUCCUGCUGAGCGGCGUGUCCCCCUUCCUGGACGACAGCACGGAGGAGACCUGCGUGAACAUUUGCCGGCUGGACUUCAGCUUCCCCGAGGGCUACUUCGAAGGGGUGAGCCAGGAGGCCAAGGACUUCGUGUGCCUGCUCCUGCAGGAGGACCCUGCCCGGCGCCCCUCGGCGGCCCUGGCCCUGCGGGAGCAGUGGCUGCAGGCGGGCCACGCCCCCGGCGCGGGCGUCCUGGACACGUCCAGGCUGACUUCCUUCAUUGAGCGGCGCAAACACCAGAACGACGUGCGAUCCAUCCGGACCAUGAGAACCUUCCUCCAGAGCAGACUCGCGGCCCGGGUCUGAGCGACCGCGGAGCCGCCUCUCAUUCUCUUUCACCUGCCGACCAGCUGUUAAUCUGAACUCUGACGAGAAAACGCCAACCAACCGGACCGAGUGCUGCGUCUGUUGUUGAUCGUUGCGACCUGGCCUCUCCUCGCGCGAGCCGGGCUGGACGACCUCCUCUCUUGCUGUGUCACAGUCUUUUAUUCAGGUUUCUGCAAAAAAAAAAAAAAAAAAGUUUAAAAAAAAAUAACUUUUUUAAAGGAACACAAAUAGAAUUUUGCAAAUUUACCGUUUUCCAAGAUGUAUUCAAGGAAAUGAAAUAAAUGCCUAUGUUCUACCACUCGGUAUUAAGGAACCAAGCCGAGAUCCCUCUGUCUCUGGGGCGGACCCCCCGCAGGGCCCGCAGCUGGGGGGGCGACCCCAGGAAGAGGCUUCUGGAACAUGCAUUCAACCUCAGACUUUUGCAUACAAACAGAAUGAAUGGUUUUGCUCUGAUGAAAUGUAGGCCUUACUUGUAUAUAAGACUUGGUCCUGCCUUCCGGCUCGGGUCACCCCUUCAGCCUCCCACCCCGACACUGGGGGGGAGGUUGGGGGGAGAAGGAGGGGUGGCCCGGGGGGCGGGGCUGAGAGGACCCCGCCCCGCCCCCAAGCCGUCAAUCAGAUUGUGGUGCAGGACCGUCAAACGGAAGUACUGCAAACGCGCGCAUUGGGGUUUUUUGGGGGUUUUAUUUCCUAUCAUGUGCAAUGUUGUGGCUUUAACAUUUUAUGCAACUAUUUAUGAAGACCUCUGUUGUACCUGUAAUAAAUACAUAGAAAAAGCACACACUUCGUCCGGUGAGCUUUAUGGUUUUGUGCGUGUGUGUGCGCGCGCGCGCGCGUGUGUGUGCGUGCGUGCGUGAGUGUGCGUGUGCGCGGGGUGAGGACCGGGCGGGAGGGUUGGCUUGGUGCGUGCGUGUGCGGGGUGGGCUGGGGUGGGGGUGGCCCGGGCCAUCUGUUCUGGGAGAGUUACCUCUACGUGAAAUUCGUUGCUUUUGAGGACUGUUAAGACAAAAAUAAAUAAAUAAAUGAUUUCAUACUCGGAAUAUCAAACUGGAUAAUAGGGUGAUGUUUUCCAAUCGAUUGUGCUAUUAUUCAGAAUGCCAAAGUAUUAUUCCCUCCCCCCCAAAAUCAGCCCGGGCAUUUGCUACUUUUUACACUUUUCUGUACAAAAAGCUGGCUGGAUUUUGAGCCUCUGGUAAGAAAGAAGCCGGCGGGGCGCGGCGGGCCGGAGGCUGGUUUUGGGGGGUCUGUCCGGGCACAGGGCACCGCCCGGGGCUGCGGCGCUGGGCACAUCCACCCUGCCCGGCUGGCUUUGCCCUUGGGAAAGACACCGGGCAGGGGACCCACGACCCCGCACCGCAGCUUCCGAGGCAUUUUAUUUAUUCUUUCCUCGGGCUUUGCGUUUGUUUCUUGUAAAAUUGUACAGAAACUUUUUAAGAGAAAUCGGAUUCCAAACUGGACGUGUGUUCCUACCCUCACGCCUUCUGUUUGUGUAUCGUUCCUCCCAUGGUUUCCGUUGGACUUUGCCAUUGUUUUGCAUGUACAUUUCUUUGUACAGAGACCUGACAUGUUUACACAGUAUGAUGUGAUGUAAAUAUUUUAUUUUGCCAUCAGUUAUUUUAAAAAAUUAAACAUAUUUGCCUGA